AUGCCGAGGCUACUCAGAUUCAAGAAAUUUGAUUAUACUCAGCCUGAGGACUUUGAAGACGACGCGGUGACCAAUUCUGACGAUGAAAAUGGCGACAAGGCAAAGCCUGCAAAGAAGGCCUUGAGCGGAACCAAGAAGUCCCGUCAAGUCACGGCCUUGAACACAGCAGCAGGAACAGCAAGAGACGGAAGACCGUCCCUGGACGACGAGCGUCUCUUUGAGAGGGAGCUCAAGGAGGUCCUUGCCCUCGCUGGUGAUCAGACGGAAGUGGCGGCGUCUUCGCGGGAGAGUUCACAGGAAGCCGUGGGCAGUGCCACCGUCAACACGGACGACCCACCCGACAACGAGACGGGCGAGUCCUCGGAGUCCGCUGGGAAGUCCGACAGCGAUGACAGCGACCACAAGAAGCCCUUCUGGAAGUUCAAGGUGCCUAGGGUCACCGCCGCCACCGCCAACAGGAGAGGGAGCAAAGCCGCCGUGGCCAGGGGCAGCAGAACAACGGGCGCGGCGCGUGGAGCCGGGGCGGAUGUCGGGCCAGAUCCUGCCCCUCGGCAAUCAGCGAAGCGCCUCCCCCCGCCCGCGUUCAACGAAGCCGGCGUCGCGGAUCGUGCCACCGCAUCGCCUCUACCCAAGUGGGUUCCUCCAGGUCCGGCCUUGCAUCUUGGCCUCUCGAAACGAGCCAAGCUGACGCCUCUCCACCCUGACUCAACAUGAAAUCACCACGGAUCACCACAGAUCACCACGGACCACCACAGCCCGCCACAGAUCACCACAGAUCACCAUGGACCACCACAGCCCGCCACAGCCACCAGCCACUGACUCUUUCAACAUGCCAUGACAUGUCCCAGUCAGCCACUAAGCCAUUCCACUUGCCACGGUCUGCGAGUGAUACAUUCCAAACUCUGAGCACUACCACGGUUUGCCACUGAACCAUGGCCUUGUCUGGGACAAGCACUUACCCAUUCAACCGCCAAGGGCUACUACCACUGACAGCCCAAGUGCAACUCAACUUGCCAUUACUCAACGUAUACAAGACCCGCCAUGCCUCAAUAGGUGCGGUCUGCUGUAAGCCGACCUGACUUGCCACCGUAGAGAUUGCCGCAGCCCGCUGUGAGGUGACUGCUCGCUGCCUGCAGCCACGG